UAGUUUUGUGUCUAAAUCUAACAAAAUAUUUGUGAAACUUUAAAGUUAUGGUGCCUAAACCUCAUUGACAGUGUGGAGGGGGCGUGUCUUGUUGUUGCUUGUUGACCCGCAGACAGAGCGAGUUGGGUGCAGCAGCAGCGCAGCAGCCAUUUCACUGUUCAUUCAUUGGUGUCGAGGCCUACACAGUCUAACCGGCUACACAGAACUUCCAUCAUGGUGAAGAUUUUUAUUGGUAACCUUGCCUGCAAUACAGCACCUGAGGAGCUGCGUGAACUCUUCGAGAAGUAUGGUAACGUCUCAGAAUGUGACAUUGUCAAAAAUUAUGGUUUUGUACACAUGACCAACACUUCUGAAGCUGAGGAGGCCAUUCAAAACCUCCACCAGCACCAGUUGAAUGGCUGGCGCAUGAAUGUCGAGAUGAGCAAAGGGAGGCCCAAGUCCACCACCAAAUUGCAUGUCAGCAACCUCGGCGAAGGGGUCACCCCUGAUGUUCUGCGGGCUAAGUUUGCAGAGUUUGGCACGGUGGUGGAGUGUGACAUAGUGAAGGACUACGCCUUCAUUCACAUGGAGCGAAUGGAGGAUGCCAUGGAUGCCAUCAGUAAGCUGGACAACACGGCCUACAAAGGCAAGCUGAUGAGCGUGCAACUGUCCACCAGUCGGCUGCGCACCGCCCCGGGAAUGGGAGAUCAUACCGGCUGCUAUGUCUGCGGGAAACAUGGUCACUGGUCGAAAGAUUGUCCAGUCAGUCGGAACGGUAGCCACGGUGACGGCAGAGGUCGCAGCGGCCGGGGCCCCCCACGCGGUCCCCCGGGUUAUGGCAGGGGCAGCUACGAGAUGGCCUCACCUCCAGAUGAUGAUUACAUGGGUGGCUCUGCGUAUAGUCGGGCGAGUUACGUAGGUGGGUUGCCGCCUCCCCCUCGUAGGCUUAGCGGCUACAGCCCUGAGCUGGGGGAAAGGUACGCCAGCAGAGCAGCAGGCUAUGCUGAGAGGUCAUCUGCUUAUGAUCGUGACCGUCUCUACAGCAGUGUUGACUAUUAUGAGAAGUACAGAGCUCGCCCUUAUGGCUCAAGCUACUUCGAGGAUCGUCGCAUGUCCUAUCUCCCUCCUCCCCCACCUCCCCCUUCCUCCCUCUCAAAGCUGUCCUCCAGUGUAGAUCCAUAUGACCGUCGGUCACUGCCUCCAUCUUCAGCCGCCGCAGCUGCCGCAUACUAUGCUCGAGACCGCAGCCCGAUCAGACGUGUGCCAGUCUCCGCGGCGGGCUACGAGCGAACACGGCUGUCACCGGUGUCGGGCUCCAGGAGCUCCUACGCUCCUCCACGGGCCAAGGAUCAUUAUGCGCCGCGCUAUGCGCCUUACUAAAGCCAUGGUGCCAAGGUCUGUUUGUGAACUACCGGACUUUUUCUUUGCCGUCAUUUCUUCAAGCUACGUGAUUCCAUCGGUCUGCGUGAGAUGCGGAAAUUAAGAUUGGAAAUUGUGUCGGAAUCUUCCAGGCACCUGAGAUGCCAGUUGCCUGCAGAUGCAUCGUCCUUUCAAUCGCAUUCACGUAACCUGUUAUCAAUAAGAAUUAUUAGCAAAUGGCACUGUUUGACAUUUAUGAUGUAUAAAACAAUAGUUUACUCACUUGCUCUGCAGGUUUCCAGCUCAGUUUUUAGCCUUUUUUUGUUUUUUUCUUACCUGUGUUUCUUCCUCGGAUGAAAAAAUUUGUUAAAUUCAGCAAAUGUUAAUUGUUUUGGCUUCUGUUUGACAUUUAGAAGAGGUUUUCUUGUUUCUUCACUAUCUAAAAGUGUACCUCCCUGUUUUGAAUGGAAUGAGGGUUAACCCAUGCUGCAUCAGUUGCUUGUAGUGCAGAUGAAUCUUAUCUUGUUCCUAGACACAACUUCUGACAUGAUCUGAGUCAGUUAUAUGGAUGUGGAAAAAUAUAAAGGUUUUUUUUUUCAAAAAUGAUCAUUGGUGUCGAUCAAUGUGCUGUGAAGGUCUGCGACUCUUCAGGUAUGUUUUGUUACAGCUAAAACCAGAAGUCGUCACGGAAGAAGUUGCGUUCUUUAUGCUUGAAACGGUGAAACACUCAGUCAACGGUCUAGUGGUGGGUGGGAAAGUAAACCAGCACUCUUUGCCGUCUGUAGCACAUGAAUGGACUCAGUGAUUCACACCGCAGGAGACAGUAAGAGAAAUGAAUCCAUAUCCAUGCAACUGACCUGGCCGAGCGUUCUGUUACGACACAGAAUCAUACUUUGAGUUAGUAUCUAUGGAAAACAAAUAAUCUCAAACAUUCCAGCCUCAUUUUUUUCUGAUUUUAUUGUCUGUCUACAAAAUCUAAAAUUGAUAUUUUAUAACACUAAAUAAGGUGUCUGCGAAUCUAAAGUCAAAAUUCUUGAAAUAAAAGCGUCACCACAACAGGAGUGUCUGCUGGCAUGCACUGUGCAACUAAGUAACAUCUUGACUGUUUUCUUCCCAUUGUUAACGUUGGAUACGUUGCCCACAGCUAACAGACAAUAACCCGUCACCUCUUGAGUCUUAGUGUGGGCUGGAUGUUCACUGUAUCAUAUAAUGCAGCAUAAGCAGAUCCAGAAAUGUGAGGCAGGACUCAGGGCUUAGGCUGUAGAAGUCAUGUGGCACUUGUGUUUUACUUGAAGGUGCCUUUGUUUGUUUUGCAUAUAGUUGGAUUUGAAGUUUGUAUUUUUCAUACUAGCUGUAAAAGUACCAGCAUACAUUAAAAAUCUAAACUGAAUAUGAUUUUUAAUAAAGCCAAAAUUAAGUUGGUGAAACUGA